UUCCAGCCAGAAACAGCUAUUUUUUUCCUUAAAAAGUUGGAAACACUGCGUGCACCAUGUUUACAAGUUGUUUGAAAUCAAAAUAAUCAUUAAUAACAAUGGAAACCGUUAACGCCACUUACUCGUAUGUCACGAACAUGGAGGUAAUGCACAUUCUACAGCAGAUCAAGAGCACCAAAAAGAAGUUCGGAAUGCGAAACCUGGCGACAGUCACAUAUGAGGCUCUUCAGUAUCUGGAGGAAUCGCCUUGCAAGGUGCAAACACGUGAAACCAUUAGCAGUUAUCUGCGUGAUCUCUCCACGUACAAAUUAAGACCUCACGAGAUUCUUCAAAUGGUCAACGAUCCGCCCACAAGUGCACUGCACACACAGCUGCUUAUUGAUGACAACAAAGCUCCGCUUACGGAUGAGCAGAAUGAAGCCAUCAUACAGUUGACACAUAAACAUUUUCAACCCAGUAGCACGGAACAGCAGCCACAAACAACAACAACAACAGCAGCCACGUCCACCUCCAUCACCACGGCACAGGCACAAGCACAGUGAUAUUAAUUAGUUAGAGAUUAAUUCAUUUUCUAUUUGAUGUAAUUCGCUUAUGAAAUAACAACAUUUUGUAAGCAUAUUGAAA